AUGCGUGCAAGUUCCAUUGAUAUUCAUCCGAAUGCAAAAUGGGCACAGAAUGGAAUCACUGUUGCUGGAGGAAAUGGAGAAGGCAGUGGAACCAAUCAACUCUAUUGGCCACAUGGUUUGUACGUCGACGAUGAUCAAACGAUUUAUGUCGCUGAUUAUUGGAAUCACCGUAUUGUGGAAUGGAAAUCUGUUGCAACGAAUGGAAAAGUAGCUGCUGGUGGAAAUGGAGCUCAUCAGUUAAACAACCCAGUAGAUGUGAUUAUCGACAAAGAGAGCGAUAGUCUCAUCAUCAGCGAUUAUGGGAAUAACAGAGUAGUUCGUUGGCCUCGUCGAAAUGGUACUCGUGGAGAAACAAUUAUUUCAAAUAUCUCUUGCGGAGGUUUGACAAUGGACGACAAUGGUUCUCUCUAUGUCGUUGACAUUGGAAAAUAUGAAGUGCGACAAUAUAAAAUUGGUGAUACUAAAGGAACAGUAGUUGCAGGUGGUAAUGGAGAAGGAAAUCAUCUCGAUCAACUCUACUAUCCCCACUACGUAUUUGUCGAUCGAGAUUAUUCAGUUUAUGUGUCUGAUUUUGGAAAUAAUCGUGUAAUGAAAUGGGAAGGAGGUGCAAAACAAGGCAUUGUCGUAGCCGGUGGUCAAGGAAAAGGAAAU